AUGCCCCUCCUGCAAAUCGUCACCCUCAAAGUCAGGCAUGACUCGUUCCCGUUCGAGCAAACUGUUUACGGACUAUCAUGGGACAUAGUCAAGGCUAUCUUGUCCGCUCGGGGGCUGCAGGAGCUCGACCUAGACGGUCAUUUCUAUUGCCUUACUACAUUUACCCCUGAUCCUGGCUUUUCUCCCGCACCUCUCACCGCCUUUCGUUCCGUGACCCCACACGGAUUUCGGGUAGCGCCGGCCACCCGUACGUUCUCUGCAGAGACAGAGGCUCUAGCCUCUACGCUCAAACGGUUACACAAUUCUCUGGAACGUCUCUCCCUCACGACCGAGGCGGCACCUUUGAAUAUGAUACACGACACAGAAUGGCCGCGUUUACGUUCAUUGCAUCUGGAAGGUGAUAUGCCCUCAACCACGCGCUCGCUAUCCUGGGUCUCUAUCCUGCAGUGCAUGCCUCACCUGCGCGUCUUGUCCAUCAGAGCCGAUGUACCCAAGGAUCGCAGGGAUCGCCAACUCAUAUGGCCGCGGGACACGCCAUUGAACGUCUUGCCAUGGCCAGAGCUAGAGGACUUAGAGAUCACUUACCCCGACCCAGAAGAUCAGCUCUACUCUCACCUGCCACCGACUCUGAAGCGUCUCUCGCUUGAUCGCUUCACUUUCUUUGCCGGCUAUAACUGGACCUGGUACAAGUGGGCAGGGCCGUGGACAAGACCACAGGAUGUCCCGAUGCCGCGUGCUCGCGAAAUCUGGCAGAUCGUACGGAAGUGCAACACGCCCAAUAUCCGCACUUUGAAGCUGGAGUAUAUGACAGAUGACGACGAGGACAAACUUUUGACCUAUAUUCCCAAGGCAUUCCCGCACCUCGAGUCGAUACACCUAUGUCGGUACGGCAUUCAAAAUGAUGUGGCUGACAAUGAAAUCACUCUGAAGGUUGGCCAGGCCAUAUCUCCUCUCUCGCGUCUGCGCACAAUCCAGGUGCACCUUGACGCCGCACCUAGCCCUGAGCUCACGCGCCAGCGAAGGGGAUUCAUCUACACGAGCGAAACCAUCGAAGCGUACGUACGCCAACUCAAGGAACAGGCGAAUGUCUUAGCGCAGACGACUGGCCCGUCAUUGGAGACGAUUGAGAUGUUUGUCCCAGACGAGGGUCGGAUCUCAUUCGACGUUGUCCGCACCGCAGCUGGAUACGAUGGUACUCCUCAUAUGACGGCUCAUGUCGAAAUCGGCGCCGAGGAUAGAAAGAUCGCUUGUCGUGCGCAGUGGGUCAAGGACUCUGAGGCGGCUGAAGGAGCAAGUGUCCUCCACGAUACCGCAAUCGCAGCAUCGCCUCCCCCUCCCGGCUCAGUGGCGACCCUCGUAGCGGCGAUGAAUGCAUGGGUGGAGAUCCAUACUUACACGCUCGGCCUGUUGGCGACGGCCACCGUAUGCAUCAGCGGCGGUUUCGCCUUCCAUUUUGACCGCAAGGCCCCGCGGACGAUCAUCGUCGACAUCGAGCCCUUGCAGACACUCGCGGCCUCCUUACUCAGCCCGGGGGGGUCGGACGAUAACCCCGCCGACGGCUUUCUCGUCUGCGACUGCUUUUCUGUGUCCAAAGCCCAGCUCGACGAGUGCGCCACACCGGGCCAAUCGGAAAUAGUCGGCACGUACAAUUGGGACAUGGUGCAGGAGGCGUGCCGGACGAUGGAAGCGACACUCCACGAACGCAAUGGAGACGACCCGACGCUCGUCGGUGCGCUGUCGGCGCUGUACAGGAUCAAGCACUCCCCGCUCAUGCGCCACCAACCGAUCGCCAUCUCGCGCCUGCCUGCGAACCGCGGCGACGCGAUCGAUGCACGGACGCGCGCGAUCUUCGAGGACGUCCGGACGCUCUGUGUGAGCGCGAUGUCCGCUGGGCUCGUCCUCCAUCCACCGACUGCGUACAGAAACGGGGGCCGGCCGUCGCCGCACAUCGGCCGGCUAGUGCGCAGGCGCAAGAAGGAGUGGGAGUGGACGGCGGUGCAGGACUGGGACUGGGGACGUGCGGUGGCUAGCGGGACGUUUAUGCGCGGGCAGCUCAAGACUAAUCUCCAUCCCGAAGAGCUUUGGGUCGCUUGUCGCGCGAAGUGGAACGAGUACUACGGGUCUCAGGCUCCUGCGCCUCAUGACAUCAACACGCCGAUCCCUUCGGACUCUGUAGCUGCCCUCGACGACGCCCUGCUCGUCUGGAUAGGGAUCCACCAGUACGAGUUCAUGGUCAUAGCAACCGCAACCAUGUGUCUCCAGGGCGGCCAAGCCCUCCACUUCUCCCCCGAUUCUUCUCAGGCAAUUAGAUUCGCCAUACAUCGGGACCCGUUGCCCAAGUUUGUGGCCUCCUUACUAGGCGGCACACGGGACGACAAUCCGGCAGAAGGCUUUCAUCUUAAUAAUGCGCUAUCUGUCUCCAAGGAUAAAUUCCUCGAAGACUGUAACCCCCCAGGUACAGAAGGUGCUCUAGGCUGGGAAGGUGCAGUAACAAGCUGUCGGGACGUAACGGCGAACCUCCCUUCGAAAAAUGGAGAGGACCCCGAAUUGCUCCGAGUUGGCGCAUUGCCCGGGAUGUUUGGCAUCAAGCACUCACCGAUCCUGCACAUCCAACCCAUUCUUGUCUUCCGCCAGCCGCACGAUCGGGGAGACACGCUUGACGAGGAGACACGCGCCGUCUUCGAGGACAUCAGGGCGCUAUGUGUUGCCAUUAUGGACGCCGGGCUCGUGCUACGUCCGCACAGCGUGGAGCGCGUGAACCUGAGCUCCUGUCCCAACGUGGGCGCCCUAGUUCGCCGGAAGAAGAAGCACUGGGAAUGGGAGCGGAUCCCUGACUGGGACUGGGGACGGGCAGCGUUGAUGGUCCCGAGAGAGCUCAGGAAGACCGACCUUCACCCGAAAGAGCUGUGGACACGUUUCUUUUCCCAGUCAGCCUGGACAGCACAGCAAGUGAUCCCGAAGACGACCUCGGGCUUGACCACAGGUUCGGGCGCGUCGUUGUCGAGCACUGUCGGUGGUGCCAACGGAGCGUCGCGCGCAGUGCAGGCGGGCUGGAAAGCAUGCCGCGCACAGUGGAAGAAGCGGGCAGACGAUUUGCGCACGUUCUGGAAGAUCGAGCCGCCAACUCCUAGCGAUGCAACGGCAGCCACGCCUUCUGAGACAGUUGCCGCCCUCACUACCGCCAUGAAUACCUGGACGGAACUAUACUCCUACACGUUCGCGAAUAUAGCCACGGCGGCGGUCUAUAGCAAUGGUGGCUUCGCCGAACACGUCGGGCCCGACCCCCAUGCGAUGUUGUUCUUCGUACGCCCAUGGCGUAGGACCCAAGGCUCGGACGGAAACCCUGCAGAAAGCUUCCAUCUUUCAGGGAUGCGGAUGGUGUCCCCGGAAGAGGGCGUGACAAAAUUUGACAAGUCCUUGAAGGACGCGCGCGACUUCUGGCGAGCGAAUUGGAGUCGGAGCCGGGAGACGGCGCUUCGCAAGGGGGUCUACCACGACGAUUCCGUGGAGUGCGGCGUGAUGCCUGCGCUGUACAUCCUGCAAGAUUCCGACGUGAUGUCGAUCAGCACCGUUGUCGUUCGCCGUCUAUCGCCCGCCCGCGACAAUCUGACCGACCAGUCCUCGCUGUUUGUCUUCGAUGACAUCAUCGAGCACUGUCUGGACAUCAUGCAAGCCGGCCUCGUACUCCAGCAUUCCUCAGGACCUGGUCACAGACGUCUCCCCGAUAUCGGGAAGAUGGUCCGGCAGAAGAAGAGGGAAUGGCGUUGGGAACGCAUACCUGGGUGGGAUUAA